UCGUCUGUCAUUCAGUGCAUGGUAUGUAGUUCGGGACGUUUGGUUGUUGUUUUUCGCUUUCUGUUCACGUUUGGCGUCCAUGUACACAAAACAGUUUCUUUUAAGUUCAAUAAUUCAUAGAAAAUUUCAGGAUCGGGUUCUAGUAACAGUCGGGAGUGUUAAACAGGAGUGUCUGGCAUAUUUUUAAAUAUUUUUUUUCGAAGUUCAAAUCAAUAAUCAGUUAAACUCGCCAGUGGCGCAACGAUCCCACGAAUUCCGUCAUUCUUGAGUGUUUGGAUGAAAAUUCUAAAUUUAGUGCACAGAAGUGAACACUGUUCUAAAGUGUAUCGGAAGCGCGGCCUCGAGCAGCUACAGUAGAGAGGAUGCAUUACAACUUCCAGCUAGACAGUGGCAAGCGGUUCAAAAAUAAAAGUUAGUGGAAGAGGAGACGCUAAUCGUGCUACUGUUUGCGAGUGGCGGAAGUGCGGAAGAGCCCCGAAGCAAAACGCAGCUCAGAGUUUCACGAAGCAUAGCCAAUUCGCGCGUACGAAUAAAGCAAAAGUGAUUGUAUACUAUGAUAUCACCACGGCUCUGGUCAGGAGUUUAAGUAGGUAUCAUUUUUUCGCUAUACACUAUUGCUCAGCACACUGUCCGCCGCCCCAGUGAGUGCCUGGGCCUGCUGGCUAUGUGUGGUGUUGAUGAUAGCGUGAAGCAGCCAGAAAGAAAACUGCUCGGAUUCGAUACGUGCAUAGGUAGACGAGUAGAAAACAGUAUAAAACCUAUCAGUGUUAUUGCCCGUGUUGACUUUUGAGGUCAGUGAAAAUGUACAAUCAUUGCUUCGGCUGAAACUUGAUGCAAUUUCGAUAAAGCGGAGUAUUAGUUUUGCUGUUCGUAAAUAAAAACACCUUUUGCGGACGGAUUGAAGUGUGCGAGAGUGCCCAAUCAAAAAAAAAAAAAAAAAAAAAAAAAAAGAUUCAGCGAUACGGUGGAUUAUGAGCUCACGAUUCCCGAAAUUUCAAAAACCGGAUGACGAUUCCUUCUCAUCAGAACGUGACGCAGCCCCAUCCGAUGAUCACGUAACCUCGUUCGUGUUCAACGCGCAUCACUCGCUCAACCUUGCCGCACAGCGUGAACGUCUUCCGAUUCGGCAGUACCGCGACCAGAUCCUCUAUUGCCUCGAGCAGUACCAGACGCUGGUGCUGGUCGGUGAAACCGGUUCCGGCAAAAGCACACAAGUACCGCAGUACCUGUACGAAUUCGGAUGGCACACAAAGGGCCUGAUUGGUGUCACCGAGCCGCGCCGGAUUUCGGCAAUCACUCUGGCGGAUCGAGUGGCUUCCGAGCGGGGAGAACUCACCGGGGAUACGGUAGGCGUUUCGAUACGGUUCGUGUCGAAAUGUAACCCAGAGAGUACCAAGAUUAAGUACAUGACCGAAGGAAUUCUGCUGCGAGAAAUGCUUGCCGAUCCGUUGCUCACUCAGUACAGUGUAAUAAUGGUGGACGAAGCCCACGAGAGAAGUGUCCUCACGGAUACGGUGUUAGGGUUGCUGAAGAAAAUUAUUCGUCGAAGGAAUGCACUGAAGGUCAUCGUUUCUUCCGCCACAGUUGACGCGGAAUUAUUUCAGGAGUUCUUCAACUUGAAGAAAAAGAAAGAGGACAAGGACACUUCCGUUAUACUCUCCGUGGAAGGGCGCAUGUAUCCUUAUGAGGUGUUUUAUUUGCAACAGCCUUGUCCAGACUACGUGAAGGGAACGGUCGACACGGUAAUGAAAAUCCAUCGUAAUGAAAAACCCGGAGACAUACUUGCGUUCUUGACGGGACAGGAAGAAGUACUGAAAGCACUCGAUUUGUUACGGGAGCAUAAAGAGGCCAGUGGAAAGGAUGACUUGAUGAUACUUCCGAUGUACGGGACGCUGUCCAAUACGGAUCAACUGAAGGUGUUCUUCAGUGCUCCCAAAGGAACUCGAAAAGUUAUUUUGGCCACCAACAUAGCAGAAACAUCUGUGACUAUUCCGGGGAUUGUGUAUGUAAUCGAUUGCGGUUUCGUCAAACUAAACUGGUAUUCUGCCGAGAGCACUACAAACAGCUUGAUAAUAGUACCUAGUAGUAAAGCGGCCGCAGAACAACGAGCGGGACGAGCUGGAAGAAUUCGCAGUGGAAAAGUGUAUCGUCUGUAUCCCGAAGAAGAGUGGGAUAAAUUGCCCGAUUAUACCCCACCGGAAAUGCGACGAACCGACCUGUGCAGUACAGUUCUCUUUCUGAAAGCGUUGGGAAUUGAUAACAUUUUGCGAUUCACAUUUCCUUCCGCACCACCGGCUAAGCAUCUGUUGGCUGCAUUGGAAACUUUGUUCGCGCUGGAAGCUCUCGACGAGGAGGGUAAUUUGACAUCUCCGGUUGGUUAUUUCCUAGCGGAAAUGCCUAUAAACCCGAUGAUGGCGAAAAUGCUAUACAAAGCCGGAGAAAUGGGAUGUUCGGAAGAAAUUGUAGUGAUAAUAGCAAUGCUGCAAGUUCAGUCGGUUUUCUCGAAACCUGUAAGUGGCCAGGCCUCCAUACGAGCCCGUAUUGCGAAGCGUAAUUUUGAAGUUGCCGAAGGAGAUUUGAUCACACUACUCAAUGUUUACACCGCAUUUGUUGAUAAUGACCGCACAAAAGAAUUUUGUGGGCGGAAUUUUUUGAUUUAUCGUAAUCUGAAGCGUGCACAUGAAAUUAAAUCUCAACUGUGCAGCAUGCUGGAACGAGAAUUAAACAUUCCGCUUCUGUCUUGCAAUGGCGAUGUUGAUACCAUACGUCGCUGCAUUGUGUCAGGAUUUUUUCCGUAUGCUGCUUAUUUGCAUCACUCCGGAGUUUACAGAACUGUGCGUGGAGACACCGAACUUUCGAUUCAUCCUCUUUCAGCUCUGUAUACUGUAGAGCAGCCACAGUGGGUUGUAUUUUGUGAACUUUUACAUACUACAAAAUUGUUUAUGAAGGAUAUUACCGUCAUCAAGGAAGCGUGGCUCACAGAACUGGCACCUCAUUAUUAUCAUAAAAUAACAGUCAGAAAUGAACCUAAUUAAAAAUUCAAAUUGAA